AUGUCUGACUAUAUUCAGUUGGUGCCAUCCAUUCUCGUGGAAAGCAGACAUGGCGGGCGCCACCCACGCUCGCUUAACAAGUCUUUUGCUGGUUUCCGGGACGUACUCGACCCCGUUCGAGGUGUUGCGCUUCUGAUAACGAAUAAAUAUGAGGGGAGGAAUUGGCCCGAUGAUUUUAAGCACUCGAUGAGCCUUAAAGGCGCCGUCAAAGACUCCAUACACAUUCGACAAUUUCUUGAGAAAUUCGGACCCACUAUGGGUGUCAACGCCCAGGCGAUCGACGAUGCAUCGCGCAAGAACAUCGAGGACCACAUCGGGAAAGCUAUCGAGAGUUACCCACCGCUGCUGAUAACGUAUUUCCAAGGACAUGGUCUAUAUCACCCCGGUAUGGUUAUAUACGUUACCAGCGAUGGUAGAGAGACUGAAACCUUGGAAGGCCUAACUGCCAAGGAAAUGGUCAAAAUGUUUUCAAAAUCGACCCCUGGGACCAAAUUGUUGACUAUUACCGACUUUUGCUAUUCCGGCAAUGUGCCUUUCAGGUUUAAAGUUCGUAUUGAACUUGGGACAAGAUGGAACUCCACAUUGCUGGUUCUCUUCGAGAAGAACAAGUCUACGAAACCCGUAACGCAGGUGGUUAUCUCACCGAAGUCGAGCCUGGCUAAUUUAAAAGCAGAACCCAUGUCGCUUCCCCAGAUUUUACUCCACCUCCGGGAACGCGUAGAUCAUCACCUUUCAAUUGCAAAGGAACAUCCAAAGUACUCGGGCAAACUCAAGGGGGCCAAGCAGGUACCUCAAUCUCUUGCCGGAUUCCCAGGAGUUCUCGAACCUGCUACUACAGGAGUUUCUCUUUCGGUGACCAAUACUUACCAAGGUAUGAUUUGGCCGAAGCUGCUGGGAGCCAAAGAUGCUCCCAUGACCUUGCGGGGCGGACCAGAAGAUAUUCGCCACAUACAGGCUUUUCUCAAGCUCAUCGCACCAGGGCUUAGGGCUGAGUCAAUCGAGAACGCCCAACGCGAGGAUAUUCGAAAUCACAUCAAGAGGCUUGUUGACACCCGUCUUUCUCUGCUGGUGACUUAUUUUCAAGGACACGGCGAAAAUAUUUCAAACGGCAAGGACGAAGACUACUCGGUUCGAUAUAUUACCGGUGAUGCCAAAAAGGAUGACGGUUCACUAGAGUACCUAACCGCAGACGAGUUUAUCGAAAUGUUCUCGGCGUUCAGCGCUCCUACUAUGCUCGUCGCUAUCACCGACAUCUGUCAUUCAGGAAAUCUAUAUCGAUUGCAGUUUCGGCUGCUCGUAUUGAAGGAUGGGACCGCUUUCUGGUGCGAAACUAAAGAGUGGAAUGACGACAACAAGCUUGGUUGGAAGCACAAGAUCAAUGCACCUAUGAUUCAUAUUGCUGGCUCCUACAGAUGGCAGCAGGUCUACGAAACCAAAAGUACUGGAGGCUACCUCACCCAUAGCUUAGGUAGCUUUAAGGACGUAUCAAUGACACUCCCUCAACUUUUACUCAACCUUCGAGAGUCUGUCAAUCGUCAUCUAGACAAGGCAAAGGAUCACCCGAGGAGACCCUUGGAUCCAUGGAUAGCACAAGUCCCUCAGAUGUUUAGCAACCACAUGUGGCCUCUCGACGAGCCAGGAAUUCUUUCGAAAAUCUGCCUUGGCACGGCCUAA